AUGGUUAGUUCUGUAUCUGACCACUGCAGAGUGUUUGCACUUAGUGAUCCGAAGAAGAAUUGCUUCCAUCGACGAUGUGACCACCACCACAAUCAACAGUGUGAGAGUUGUGAAAUAUUGAAAACGGUAAGUUAAUAAAAUACUAUUGGAAAUCAAUAGAAUAUAAUUCGGUUAAUUACAUAUUGUGUCUAUACAAUGUGCAAUGGUGGUAUAGCAUGCUGAUGCUGCUAAGGAGAAAAUUGUCCUUGAAUAUGACACAUCACCGAAGCUCUCAGAUGUUACAGAAAAUGUAACUUUAUUGAAAAAAAAUUCUCGUGUUCCUUAGUCUUUAGAUUUAGUUAAAUCCUUCAUCCAGUCUACUAACCUAUCCGAAGACGUGCAGGAUGAUGCUCUAUUUACAGCGAGAACCGCAUGUAAUGCUGUCCUGUCCUGGAAAUCCCACCAGCUCCGCAUGGUCCACCAGGACGUAGCCAGGUCGGAUGCUAUCGACAGUCUUAGUGAAGAUUCUACGCUAAUCACGCAAGACUUUGCCAUGAAGUUCUUACCAGCCCAGUACAGAGAGACACAGGCCGAAUUCUUCGGGAAAAGAGGGAUUUCGUGGCACCUUACAGUUUGCCAAAGCAACAAAGGCGGAAAGAUUGUCGCGCAAACGUUCGUUCACAUAAUUGAAUCUGGUGUGCAGGAUAGUAAUACAGUAGUGAGCGUGAUGGAACAUGUCCUGCAAACCCUGAAGUGUGAAAAUCCAACCUUGAAUAGAGUGGUAUACCGCCAAGACAACGCAGGGUGUUAUCACUCCGCAACAACAAUACUGGCCUGCAAAAUACUAAGAGAGAGAAGUUCACUGGAUCUUCGUCGGAUUGACUUCUGUGACCCGCAGGGGGGGAAAGGUCCAUGUGACAGGAAGGCAGCGCAAAUCAAGACCCAUGUUAAGCAAUACAUCAAUCAGGGCAAUUCCGUCACAACGCCUGCUGAACUUAAAAAAGCUAUUGAAUCCAACGGAGGGAUUAAAGGGGUACGUGUCACGAUGGUACCUGUUCCCAAGAUUGCUGGACGCAAGAAAAUCAAGUGGGACGGUAUAAGCAGUUUGUCCAACUUCGAGAUAACAUCUGCGGGUGUGAGGUCCUUCAAGGCUUAUGGUAUCGGCGCUGGGCAUUUUCAGUCCUGGACAUCAUUUAAAGGUAUGGACUAAUUGGUUGGUAGAUGAAAACUAUUAUUCGGUCUUAGGCAAACAUUGAUUAUUUACUGGCAAAACAUGCUCAAGAAAUGGCUCGCAAUUAACAGUUAUGUUUAUAUGAUUCAUAUGAACUUUAUUGGAAAGCCUUGUCGUCACAUUAAAAAACAUGUAGCAAAGCCCAAAAAGGGCAAUAAAUCUUUCUUCUUCAAAAAGAUAACAACAUUUUAAACUACUUAUUUGUUUAUCUUAAUGUCCUAUCCCACAACAACAUUUUUUGCAGGUGUAAAGAAUGUACACCUAUUUGGAAAAAGGCUGCGCUCACGGGGACUACGGAGUGCAAAUACUUUCAUUUAGGUGUGUGCUUUGUUGAAAUGUGUUCAUAAAUUUAUUUAGAAAUCCCACGUGAUAGUGAGUUCGAAUGGAUCGUGGUUGAACCAGGUACAGGCGACUUUGUGGUAAUAAAGCCCAGACAAGCAAAGGGAGUAUCUUCUCAUCCGGACAGUUCAACAAACGAACAGCAACCAGCCAUUGAUGAACGGCAAGUCGGUACCGAUCCAGCUGAUAGCUAUUUGUUUUCCUGCACAGAAGACGGCUGCAUAAAAUCCUAUAUGACUCAUGGCCGUCUGCAGCAACACCUGAUGUACGGGAGACACAAUUUUCGACAAAACCAGAAUGUUCCUUUAUUGGACAGGGCAAAGAUUAGCUACGCAGACCGUCUGGAAGAGGAGAGAGGGGGACAAUCAUUAAUUACAAUGGCAGGCUCGACAGAAGUGGGUACAACGUCUGUUUCAGAAGGAUGGGCUGGUCGGGACCGCAAAAGUACAGGCCGCCGGUUCAGCGCAAAACAGAGAACAUUCCUGGAGAACAAAUUUAACGAUGGUGUAAAAACGGGCGUGAAGGCUAACCCAGAUAACGUGUCAAAGGAAAUGCGACAACUGAAAGAUCAGAAUGGGAAACGAGUCUUUACCGUUGUAGAGUUUCUUCGUCCCCAGCAGAUAUCGUCGUUUUUCUCUAGAAUGGCAUCAAAGAGAAAAGGUUUCACAGAAUUGGAUGACGAAGCUGAAGAAUUCACGAGGCACCAAGCUGCGGUGAAGUCGAACGUGCUAGAAACUUUAAAGCAGGACGUAGCUCAUCCUGUGUUGUUUUCAGGCAAAAGCCUGUGCCAAAUGACGCGAGAAGAAAUCGGCAACCUGAAAAUCACCCAACUGCGUUCCAUGACCAGUCAUUUUGGCAUCAGCGUUAAAGGGCGAGUGAAGGCGGUAUAUUCUGAUACCAUGAUUGCAUACCUAAAUAGGUGUUCUUGUAAGCACAUCCAUAACUAA